GAGAAGGGACCCCGUCACGAAAAUAAUCCGCCGCCAAUCAACAACUUUCACACCUCAACUUCUCAGAUCUAAUCUUUUUUUUUCUCUCCAACGUCCCCGUCUUGCGCCGUCUCCCUUCCCCCAAACUCCCACACCUCAACUCAAUUGGACUCGGUCGAUCAUUCCCAGGUGCUGGCAACUUGUCUGCUCUGAGAUACCCCGACCUGUCCUAUUCUUUUCCUUACUUUUUUGCCUUAUCGAAUUGCUCCGGACUUCCUCUUUUCAAUAUAUAUUUUUAUCCGGGGGAGAGUUAUUUUCUUCCAUUAGCAAAACAAAAUGUUCGGCGCCGUGUUAAGAAGGCAAGGCCUUCUAAGGACAACAACCCUCAGAUCGGGCUUCAUGCCCUUGGCCAGAUACUAUGCAUCUUUCCCACCGCACACAGUCGUCAAGAUGCCCGCGCUGUCGCCCACAAUGACGGCCGGUAACAUUGGCGCAUGGCAGAAGAAGGCCGGAGACACUAUUGCCCCCGGUGACGUUCUAGUCGAGAUUGAAACGGACAAGGCCCAGAUGGACUUUGAGUUUCAAGAGGAGGGUGUCAUCGCUAAGAUUCUAAAGGACGCUGGCGAGAAAGACGUCCCCGUUGGCAACCCAAUUGCUAUUCUCGUCGAAGAGGGAACCGAUAUAUCUGCCUUCGAGUCUUUCAGUCUCGAAGACGCAGGAGGUAGCGCCCCACCACCGCCAGCUAAGGAGGAAAAGAAGCCGGAUGCGCCGUCUGAUGCCACCUCCGCUCCGGCCCCGACGCCCGCCCAAGAACCGGAACAAUACUCUUACGGAGGAAAGAUCGAGCCCGCUCUUGAGCGACUGCCCAACAUAACUCCAGAGGCCCAGCGACUGGCUAAGGAGAAGGGUAUUGUCGUUUCUACUCUUAAGGGUACCGGCCCCGGUGGUAAGAUUACGGAAGACGAUGUCAAGAAGGCCACCACAGCUACCGGUUCCUCCGCCUCCCCUGCUGCCUCUUUCGAAGAUAUCCCCCUAUCCAACAUGCGAAAGACCAUCGCCAAGCGCCUACAAGAGUCCUUCAGGGAGAACCCUCACUUCUUCGUCAGCACUCAGAUCUCCGUUACCAAGCUUCUAAAGCUCCGACAAGCUCUAAACAGCUCCUCCGAGGGCAAGUACAAGCUGUCUGUUAAUGAUUUCCUUAUCAAGGCUAUCGCUGUCGCUUCUAAGAAGGUCCCUGCUGCCAACUCGGCCUGGACGGGCGAUGCUAUCCGCCAGUUCAACAGUGUCGAUGUUUCCGUCGCUGUCGCUACCCCCAACGGUUUAAUCACUCCCAUUGUCACUGGUGUCGAGGCCCGCGGUCUAGAAUCUAUCUCGUCCAAGGUCAAGGAGCUCGCCAAGAAGGCCCGUGACAACAAGCUCAAGCCUGAGGAAUUUCAGGGUGGUACCAUUUCUAUCUCCAACAUGGGCAUGAACGCCGCCGUCGACAACUUCACCGCCGUCAUCAACCCCCCGCAGGCUACCAUCCUAGCUGUCGGUACCACGAAGAAGGUUGCUAUCCCCGCCGGUGAGGAUGGUACCGGUGUCGAGUGGGAUGACCAGAUCACAGUCACUGGAAGCUUCGACCACAAGGUAGUUGACGGUGCAGUCGGCGCUGAAUGGAUCAAGGAAUUCAAGAAGGUGGUAGAGAACCCUCUUGAGCUGCUUCUGUGAAUGAACAAAAAUUUACGUACCUAGGGGCGUCAGGGAAAUUAUUGGUCAUAGACGAGGGAUGAGAUCCAUCUGUAGCAUUAUGCCGCAUGAACUGUAAUAAUACAUUUUACAAAAGUGAAUAUUGGGAGACAAAUCCGAUCUCUACUAUACCCUACGCAGAGAAUUGUGUUUUACUGGAGAGAGGAUUAGCG